CAUAGUGUCUCAAGUUAACAUUUCAAUUAUUGAAAAAUGGCCAAUACACCCUGCACAUUAGUCAUCAUGACGGGAGACAAAAUACACUUCCCUAACAGUGACGUUUUGGUCGUAGUCAAAGAACUAUUCCAAUACGGUGUGAAGGAAAUACUUGAGCGGGAUGGUAAAGUGUAUGUCCAUUUGACAUAUUCACCAAAAGCCAUUACGUUGAAGCGUAAAUUUGGAAAUCUCCCGCUACGGUAUAUGCGAACCAAAAUUAACAAUGAAAAAGAUUUCAAGAUUUUGGAGAAAGUAGUCAAAAGAUACAGGUUUAACCUGUUGGAUGAGGAACCCGACGACACAGCUGUUAUGGUACAACAACAACAACGACAAGGGAUGAAGGGAAAGUUCAACAUCGACGAAAUUUAUCUGUCUUCUUCGGAUGAGGACAAUGCUACUGCGGCUGCUGAUGAAAAAUCGAAAAAAACAAGACUGUUGCAGAUUUAUCAUUCUUAUCGGACGCGGCGGCAACGUUGGACAAACCUGGGACUAGCUCCAGCAGUCACUAAUCCAUUGUUACUCUUCCAGAGGAUAACUGUAACCAAACAGUUUGAAAAUAAUCUCGAAGGGUACCAUCAAUAUGGACUAAGUCCGUAUCCGACGUCAUUAUUAGAUGAUAAUGGCAUGAGAAAAACCACGAAAGCUACAUUAUAUGAUAGUAUGACACCUAUUGAUAUCGAACUUGAGAGGAAUGUGACGUAUAUCAUCGAUGGUGGAUUUCUUCUGCAUCGCGUCGUAUGGAGUAAGGACGAUACGUUUUCCGUUGUUAUGGAUAAAUACGUUAGGUAUUUACAAUGGCAUUAA